AUGGGCUCUGCCGCUCUCGCACAUGCAAAGACUUGGAACUGGUUGCUGUCGCUGUCGAGUCUGGUAUGUUGCUCUGCUGCUGCUUAUGCGGAUGAGCCCAACCUGAGCAAGAGUUUCUUGCCUCACUAUGAACCUGAUCAUGGGGGUGAUGUUGACGAUUUGCAAGACACCAGGCUACAUGUUUUCACAGUGGACUAUAGCUAUGUGCAAAUUCCCUAUGAAGUUACUCUUUGGAUCCUCCUUGCCUCUCUUGCAAAAAUAGGUUUCCAUCUCUAUCACCGAUUACCAAGACACAUGCCUGAAAGCUGCAUCCUGAUUGCCAUUGGAGCACUAGUAGGAGCGAUCAUCUUUGCUUCUGAUCACAAAUCUCCACCGGUGAUGAACACGAGUAUUUAUUUCUUAUAUCUCCUUCCUCCAAUUGUCCUAGAGGAGGGCUAUUUCAUGCCAACUCGACCAUUUUUUGAAAACUUUGUGUCCAUCCUGUGGUGGUCUGUGCUGGGAUCUCUGUUAAAUUCAUUUGGGAUUGGCCUCUCCCUCUAUGCAAUCUGUCAGAUCGAAGCCUUUGGCCUGACAGACCUGGACCUGCUGCAGAACCUGCUCUUUGGAAGCAUGAUUUCAGCGGUGGAUCCUGUGGCUGCUCUGGUAGUUUUUGAAGAAGCCUCUGUUAAUGAGCAGCUUUACAUGAUGAUCUUUGGAGAGUCAUUGUUAAAUGAUGGCAUAACUGUGGUUUUAUACAAUAUCUUCAUCGCCUUCACCCAGAUGCAUAGGUAUGAAGAAAUCGAAUCCAUUGAUGUCUUUGCUGGCUUUGCUCGUUUCUUCGUGGUGGGUCUGGGCGGCAUAUUGUUUGGGAUCGUCUUUGGACUUGUUUCGGCAUUCAUGACUCGAUUCACAUACAACGUUUCUGCUAUUGAACCGCUGCUGGUCUUCAUGUUCAGCUACCUGUCAUACUUGUCGGCUGAAACCCUUUACAUUUCAGGCAUUUUGGCGAUGACAGCAUGUGCAGUGACAAUGAAAAAAUAUGUGGAGGAGAAUGUUUCCCAGAACUCCUACACCACUAUAAAAUAUUUCAUGAAGAUGCUGAGCAGCGUCAGUGAGACCCUGAUUUUUGUGUUCAUGGGAGUGUCUACAGUGGGGAAAAACCACGAGUGGAACUGGGCCUUCAUUUGCUUCACUCUGCUCUUCUGCCUCAUUUGGCGGACACUGAGUGUAUUUGCUCUCUUCUACAUCAGUAACAAGUUCCGAACAUAUCCCUUCACCUUCAAAGAUCAACUCAUUAUUUCCUACAGUGGCCUUCGAGGAGCCAGCAGCUUCUCUCUUGCAUUCUUGCUUCCUGUGAAUCUCUUCCCAAGAAAAAACCUAUUCAUUACUGCUACUCUUGUAGUUAUAUAUUUCACUGUGUUCAUUCAAGGAAUCACAAUUGGACCAUUGGUCAGAUACCUAGAUGUGAAAAAGACCAACAAAAAGGAGUCUAUCAAUGAAGAAAUUCAUGUGCGAUUGAUGGAUCAUUUGAAGGCUGGUAUUGAAGACAUAUGUGGACAUUGGAGUCAUUAUCAGCUGAGAGAUAAGAGUGAUAUAAAGCAGCAUACGCAUAGGUUUUCCCCCGCAGAGAUGGAGUCCAUGAGAGAUGUCCUGGCACAUAAUCUAUACAGAGUGCGACAAAGGGCACCAACAUACAACCGACACAACUUGCCUACCAACACAAAUGAGAAACAAGCCCAAGAAAUCCUCAUCCGUUGGCAGAACAGCUUGAGGCAGAGUUGCAGAAAGGGGAACAGCUUACCUUGGGGUAGACCGGCGAGCACCAUGGAAGUACGCUACCUCUCUUUGCCUCAGGGCCCCAGCCAGCCCAGUAGACGAAAAGCCAGGCAUGUUACUUUUACAGAUCACCAUGGAAUUGGUUCUGAUGCUGCGUGCCCAGUAAAAUUCAGACCCCAGCCACGACUACGUCCACUCGAGGCAAAACAUCGCCAGGAAGAGCUGAUUCCAAUGGCACGUUUGGAUAGACGAACGGGCCCAUCCAAUCCGUCAGGUCGAAGAGGAAAUUCAAUCAGCCAGCAUCACUUCACCAGAGCACACAGGCUAGCUCUAAUGCCAAAGUCUCGAUUCGCUCUGGCAGAAGUAGAGGAGUAUGAGUCAGAUGAAGAGACAGAAAUGAUGGCACCAGCCAGGCCAUUAGCCAUAUGA